GAUCGCUCGGGGGCGCGAGCCCGGCGCCAGCAGUCAAGAUGGAGCCGGGCCGAGGCUUCGUCGGGGGGGAGCGGCCCUGACGCGAGUGCAGCAGCGUCAGUGAUUUGCUGGCCCGCCAGCACAGCGGCGCCGGGGAGGAUGAGAGCGGGCACUGCGAACUGCCCGCGCCCGCCGCUGCUCCGGCGCUGAGCUCGGCGCCCGCCCGCAACUUCCCCGCACCUGGGGGCAGCCCUCGCCUCGCCGCCAAACUUGGAGCCGCCCGGAUCCUAACGGGCUCCUCUCUCUCUCUCUCUGCCCCUGCCCCGCUUCCCCAGGCAGCCCGGGGGACAGACACCCUCAUGACUGAUUCUCCGGAGCACCAUGGAUCUCACUAAGAUGGGCACGAUCCAGCUGCAGAACCCCAGCCACCCCACGGGGCUGCUGCACAAAGCCAACCAGAUGCGGCUGGCGGGGACCCUGUGCGACGUGGUCAUCAUGGUGGACAACCAGGAGUUCCACGCCCACCGCACCGUGCUGGCUUGCACCAGCAAGAUGUUCGAGAUCCUCUUCCACCGCAACAGCCAGCAUUACACCCUGGACUUUCUUUCGCCAAAGACUUUCCAGCAGAUCCUGGAGUACGCCUACACGGCCACCCUCCAGGCCAAAGUGGAGGACCUGGACGACCUGCUGUACGCGGCGGAGAUCCUCGAGAUCGAGUACCUGGAGGAGCAGUGUCUGAAGAUCCUGGAGACCAUCCAGGCCUCCGACGACAACGACGCAGAAGUCAGCAUGGCGGACGGCGGCGCCGAGGAGGAGGAGGAUCGGAAAUCCAGGUACAUCAAGAACCUGUUCAUCUCCAAGCAUUCCAGCGAAGAGAGCGGCUACGCCAGCUUGGCCGGCCACAGCUUGACGGGGGUGAUGGUGGAGCAGAGCCCGUCUGUCUCCACGUCCUUCGGGCUCUCCGCCAUGAGCCCCACCAAGGCGGCCGUGGACAGCUUGAUGACCAUCGGACAGUCGCUGCUGCAAGGGGCUUUGCAGCACACCCCCUCCGAGGACUUGCACUCGGUCGGCGGCCGCCACCCCAGCCUCUCCGAAGUGAAAACAGAAGCGAUGCAAAUCGAGGAAGCCUCCAGCCACGAAAGCCCCCGGACGGCAGAGUCCAGCACUUCUGGCGGGGACAAGCCCGACGACAAGAGCAAGGACGGGCCCGGGACCCCGACCCGUAGCAGUGUUAUCACAAGUGCCCGCGAACUGCACUAUGUCCGCGACGAGAACGCGGAGCAGCCCCCCGAGGCGGGCCAGGGAGCGCCGCUUGGCGGGGAGCAGUCGGUUUCUCAGGGCGAGAAGCCCCUGAGCGUCUAUUCUGUGCUACCAAAUCACAAAACUGACUCUGUGCUCGGCGUGCCGCCCUCCAUGACUUCUGCCCUGCACGUGCAGCCGGCUCUCGCCGUGUCCAUGGACUUCAGUGCUUACGGGGGCCUUCUGCCCCAAGGCUUUAUCCAGAGGGAACUGUUCAGCAAGCUCGGCGAGCUGGCAGCCGGCAUGAAAACUGAGAGCCGAGCCGUCGGGGAGCAGUGCAGCGUGUGCGGGGCAGAGCUGCCGGACAACGAGACGGUCGAGCAACACAGGAAGCUUCACAGUGGCAUGAAGACUUAUGGAUGCGAGUUGUGCGGGAAACGGUUCUUGGACAGCUUGCGACUCCGAAUGCACUUACUGGCUCACUCAGCGGGUGCCAAGGCGUUUGUCUGUGAUCAGUGCGGUGCGCAGUUCUCAAAAGAAGAUGCCCUGGAGGCCCAUAGGCAGACACAUACUGGCACCGACAUGGCCGUCUUCUGCCUGCUGUGCGGCAAGCGGUUCCAGACGCAGACCGCCCUGCAGCAGCACAUGGAGGUGCACGCGGGAGUGCGCAGCUACAUCUGCAGCGAAUGCAAUCGCACUUUCCCCAGCCAUACCGCCCUCAAGCGGCACCUGCGCUCGCACACAGGCGACCACCCCUACGAGUGCGAAUUCUGCGGCAGCUGCUUCCGAGACGAGAGCACGUUGAAAGGCCACAAGCGCAUCCACACCGGUGAGAAGCCGUACGAGUGCAAUGGCUGCGGCAAGAAGUUCAGCCUCAAGCACCAGCUGGAGACCCACUACCGGGUUCACACAGGUGAGAAACCUUUCGAGUGCAAGCUGUGUCACCAGCGGUCCCGAGAUUACUCUGCCAUGAUCAAACAUCUCAGGACCCACAACGGCGCUUCCCCCUACCAGUGCACUAUCUGCCUGGAGUACUGCCCCAGCCUCUCCGCCAUGCAGAAACACAUGAAGAGCCACAAGCCCGAGGAGAUCCCCACCGACUGGAGGAUAGAGAAGACCUAUCUCUACCUGUGCUACGUCUGAGGGACACGAAAGGGAAGGAGUGGAGUCGGGAAAGACUGGGCAAAAAAAAUGCAUCAUCCAUGGCCUUUUUUUUUUUUUUUUUU